CUGCCCGCCGCCCUCGGCCCGGCCGCCAGCGGCUGCGCACGCCUCUCCCCUUCCUCCUCCUCCUUCUCCUCCUCCACUUUCUGGCCGCCGCUGCCCCCCGGCAGGGAUGGAGGCCAUCGAGGAGCUGGCGCUCAAACCCUGCACCUCCUCCCUCUACCUGCGGCCUUUCCGCCUCUGUUACCGGCAGAAUGGCACUAAGAAGUUCUGGGAUUUUAUGAGGACACAUGACAGUGUGUCAGUCCUGAUCUUUAAUACUUCUCGGCAGUGCUUUGUUGUGGUGAAGCAGUUCCGCCCAGCUGUUUACAUGUGUGAAGUAGAAAGGCAUCAUCCUGAAGUGUUUCAGAAUCAGGAGAAGGAAAGCUUCUCUCGUCUAGAGGAUCCCUUACCUGCUGUGGUAGGAGUGACCUAUGAACUCUGUGCUGGCAUUGUAGACAAACCAGACCUUUCUUUAGAAGAAAUUGCAUGCGGGGAAGUCUUAGAAGAGUGUGGCUAUCGUGUUCCCGUUACAGACCUACGGAGGAUCACUUCUUACAGGUCUGGAGUUGGUGUGACAGGUUCUAGGCAGACAUUAUUUUAUGUAGAAGUAACAGACCAGAUGAGAACUGGUGAAGGAGGUGGCCAGCCUGAAGAAGGAGAGCUGAUUGAAGUUGUAGAAAUACCUUUAGAAGACUCCAUGAAGUUUGCUUAUGAUGAGACUCUCCCGAAGACGAUGGGUGUCAUCUUCAGCUUCAUGUGGUUUCAAAACAACAUAGCACCUAAGCUACCAAAAAAAUAAAAUCAAAGCACCAUGAUUUUAAGAAAAGCUCUCCUGCUGGUUCUGUGGAUGCAGGAAACUGCAAAUCUGCCUGCCUCAAUCAACUUUUCACAGAGCAAAUCUUUCCUGAAAUAAAUUUGAAAGUAAAAUCUGAAUUAAAAUCCUGACCUAGUUUCCAUCAUUAGCAAAACACUGGCUUCACUGGGGCCAGGAUUUGCCUCUGAAAGGCAAAUGUUGAUUUUUGCACAAAGGCAGACUAAAUGUGUCCAGUUCUCCUUUUUCAUUACACUGCUCUACCACUAUUUUGAAGAGUUGCUCAGGACCUCAGUGCAGCUGCUAUACAAGCCUGUCACUGUGGUCUGUACUUACUGGCAGCUGUGUAUUUACUGUAGUUUCUGAUUUUUAUUUUUCUUGGGGGAGGGUGGGUGGGGCAGCAAACCGUAAUAGUCACAGAUACCCUAACUACGUUCCUGAGUUCUACACAGCUUUCAGGAAGCAGCUUGCUUUGUGGCGUAUAGCUCCUGUACAGAGAAAACGUUUGCAUUUCUGAACAUGCAAACCUUUAUUUCGUAAGCAAACAUGUCUGUAAAUCCUUGUGCUAAUGUGUCAUUUUGACAAUAGACCAGCUGUAAGAUUACGUGCUUCUGUUUGUUCCCACUAUAAUGCUGAGCAGCAGUGAUGGUGAUAGAGGGAUGAAUGAUGGGGGCUUCUACUGGAACACAUGCUUCUUUGUUUGUUUUAUGGGUAAUAUUUGAUUAAUUAGAUCAAACUUUGUCCUCUAGAGCGGGACUCGAGAAGCCAAAUUCUUUUCAUUUGACUCUGAGGUGACUAAUACAAGUGAUUUCUCUGAGGUGUUCUGUGGUCUCAGUUUCCUUAUCACCCAAAUGGGAAGAAUGGGAAUUGCCCCUCAGAUAACGCCCCUUGAAAUCUAAUGAUCGAAGUGCUUUAUUGAGAGAUUUUAUCAUCAUUUGUGCAGUUUACAUUGAAGCCCGUGCAACCUGCACAGACGUACUGAGUGACACAAUUUGAUGUAAUAAAGUGGUCUAAUUGGAACGUAUAUUACUUGUUCUAUCAGUGUAGUUUAGAUGCGGACUGUUUUUCAUGUGAAACUGUUAAGAGCAUGAAUGAAAGAGAAUCAAGUCUGGCAAUUUAAUUAUGCACUGGUUUAUGUUAUGCACUGACUUAAAUGUUAAUUAACAUGCCUACAUUGUAUGUGCUUCUAGGAUUACUGAGGUACUAAGUAUGUUUAGAAGAUAAGUACUGUGAAUAUGCAAACUUUCAUAUAGCAGCUGGAAUAAAUGCAGUACAGGUGCCUGAUGGUAUCCAGUGGCUGAUUUAAAAUCACUGCGUGUCUAAAUAGGUGUAUGAAUAAAUAAUUUUUUUAUAAAAGCUUUUAGAACUGGUACUUGAUGGUUCUCCUACUGACAGGGAGGAAAGGUCCUUGGAAAGCCGCUGAAGAAAGAGCAGCCUUCGUCUGUGGGAGUGAGACACCUUUUGUGAAAGUUCAGACACAUUUGCGUUGAACUGUGCCUGGUCUGUGGUGAGUCAAGGGCUGAGUUAUCAUGAAAAGCAAAUAAAUUCUGUCUAAUGUAUUUACAUUGGAAGGUGUUUUAGGGCGGGGUCUCCACUGCUCUGUGUCUUUACGGUCUGUAGUACAACGUGUCCUGAUUGCUGCUGAGGCCUUUACGAACUACUACAGUAUUUGUAAUAAAUAGUGUCUUUUAUUCCAGGCUGUAGUUACCAAAGUAUCAUCUAUUUGAUUGUGUCAAAAUUAUUACAGAGUAGCUCGUUGAUCUGUUUAGUGUCAAGCUAAGAAGUGUGUGCGUAUACAUGUCAAAAGCCUUUUUUGCUGUAUAAUGCAGUAAUUCGGAAAAAUAAAUCGGUGUAGUGGAGGGGGGUCAGAGUUUGAAACUUUUCAAAGCAGCAUUUAUGUAUUUAUAUCGUUUGUCCCAGAAUUACAAAUGGACAACAAUCCGCUUCUAAUGAGUCUCUUCACGUGAUGCUGAGAGCGUUCCCCCAGUCAGACAUUCCCUCUCCUGCCGCAUCCAGGACCUAGAGUCGGUACUUUGCACAGUGCACUCACAUUGCAUUAACAAUAUCUCGGUGAGAGCCCAUGGCUUUGACCCACCCGUGUGGGUGACGAGCGCUCAAGGCAUGAUUCAUCAGACUAAAUACACAUUUCGCUGAUUAGUCUGUCUAGAAAUGCCUUCAAUUCCCAGGUCCUGCAUUCAGUUUGGACUCAUCGGACCACCCCUGGAGGAGGCAGAUCAGCCAGGGCCGGAUCUGUUGUGCCACCGCACAACGUGCACAUCACGAACUACAGGCUGCCAGAGAGAGCACACGGCCGUACCCGGCGAGGGGGAGGAUGAAGGUCCUAAAACCUCGGUGCGCAGGGAGACCCACACGGCACCAGCCCUCCGCUGUGCUCCAGGGCAACCUCGCUAAUGCAAGCUAUGGGCAUCAGACUAACCAUUUUUUAUGCAACUUUUAUUUCUUUUCUGGAUAACCGCGACAGAGGGCAGUCGCAUGAGCUGGACAGUCCCUCAGCACUUCCCCAUGAUCCGGAAGGCCGGGCAAGAAGCUGAGUGGCAUUGCCCCCACCUCCCAGUCUGUCCCUCCCCAGGGGUCUACUGGGCAGACACCUACAAAAUCCUGGGGGACUGCGGUGGUUCUGAAGCCCUUACACCCCAAGGGAUGCUACACCCUGGCCCUGUGCUCUGCCUGCCUGUCCCCGUGCAAUUUGUAAUUCUCAAACAAAAGCAAAAUGGUCAAGGGAUUACUUUCGUUUCCUUACACAGUUUGGGAAUUUUCCACAGAAACGUCAGUGAUGCAAUAUAGUGAAGGCUCUACAUAAGGCGAUGGUGUGUCUGGUGUUUGGCUUUGCAAUAUUAAAUAUAAAUGUACCUUCA